CUUAACUCCAAGGAGGCUGCGCUCUCCACGGCCCUGGGCGAGAAGAGGAAUCUGGAAUCUGAAGUGCGGGACCUGAGGGCUCAGGUGGCCAAGCUGGAAGGCGCCUUGAGCGAAGCCAAGAAGCAGCUGCAGGAUGAGAUGCUGCGCCGCGGGGAUGGCGCGAACCCGCGGUUCGAGAGCAAGCUCUCCGAAGCCUUGCAGGAGCUGCGGAGCCAGCACGAAGCCCAGAUCAGGCUUUACAAGGAGGAACUGGAGAAGACCUACGGGGCGAAGCUGGAGAAUGCCAAGCAGUCGGCUGAGAGGAACAGCAACAUGGUGGGUGCUGCCCACGAGGAGCUGCAGCAAACCCGCAUCCGCAUCGACAACCUCUCCUCUGAAGUCAGCCAGCUGCAGAAGCAGUUGGCUGCCAAGGAGGCGAAGCUGCACGAUUUGGAGGAUAUUCUGGCCAGGGAACGCGAGACCAACCGUCGCCUGCUCUCCGACAAGGAGCGGGAGAUGGCCGAGAUGCGGGCACGCAUGCAGCAGCAGUUGGAUGAGUACCAGGAGCUGCUGGACAUCAAACUGGCUCUGGACAUGGAGAUCAAUGCUUACCGCAAGCUGCUGGAGGGCGAGGAGGAGAGGUGAGCGCUGUCCCCCAGCCCUUCCUCCCACAAAGGCGCGUCCCGUAGCCACUUGUCCACCCCGGGCUCCUCCAAGAAGAGAAAGCUGGAGGACAGCGAGAGUCGGACCAGCUUUUCCCAUCACGCCCGGACAAGCGGUCGUGUCGGCGUGGAGGAGGUGGACUUGGAGGGCAGAUUCGUCCGUCUCAGGAACAAGUCCAACGAGGACCAGGCGAUGGGGAAUUGGCAGCUCACUUAGAUUGGAGAUGAUCCCCCCAUCACCUACCGCUUCCCCCCAAAAUUCACCCUGAAGGCCGGCCAGGUGGUCACGAUCUGGGCCUCGGGUGCUGGGGCGACCCAUAGCCCCCCCAGUAACGUGGUGUGGAAAGCCCAGAGCAGUUGGGGCUCAGGGGACAGCCUGCGCACCGCCCUGAUCAACUCCAACGGGGAGGAAGUGGCCAUGCGGAAACUGGUCCGCACCGUGAUUAUCAACGAUGAAGAUGAGGAUGAGGACGACGAUGAGGUUAACAUCCAUCACCGCCAUCACCAUGGCUGCAGUGGCUCUGGGGACCCCGGUGAAUACAACCUCCGCUCUCGCACGGUGGUCUGCGGCACGUGCGGUCAGCCGGCCGAGAAGUCGGGGAACCAGAACACCGGUAUCAACACCAUGUCCUCGGGUUCAUCCACUUCCAGCGUGACCAUCACCCGCAGCUACCGCAGCAUGGGCGACUCCGGCAGCAUCGGCCUCGGGGACAGCCUGGUGACCAGAUCCUACCUCCUGGGGAGCUCCAGCCCCCGUAGGCAGGCUCAGGCUGUGCAAAACUGCAGCAUCAUGUAA